ACUAGAAGAGCAAUCUAACCCAUGGGAAGCCUGCAGAAGGGGUGCUGACAGAGGAGGAGCUGGUGGGAAGUUUCACGGCAUCCGUUUCCUGUCAGGGAGCCGGCUGAAUGUCAGCUCUGCCAGGACCUGCACACACAAAUGGAAAAUAAAAAGUCGGCUCUCACAAAUACCCCUACCAGCAAUUGUUGUUGUCUUGCACUUUCCAUUAACCACAAGAGAGAGUAACAACAAGGCUGCUCUACCAGAACACUAAAACCAUGGACUGAAUCUACUGUCUAGCUUUCUCCAAGCUAAGCCUGUGUAACCAGAACACACGAAGGACCAUCUUUCUUCAGACUUUGGCUGAACUCUGGAAUUUGAGACUAACCAUGGUCCACUUGACCACGUCCCUUAACUCUGCUUGUUAAGGCCUUCUUGCACAGAGGGGUCAAAGUCUGACCUUGGAGCCAUGUAAGAGACACUAACAGCUCCUUCCCUGGUCUGCUUUCUGAUGCUGUGCCCAGCAGAGGAGGGCCCUGUGAUUCUUUGACAGUAGGAGCCUAUACAGCAACUGAGAAGGAUCGGAACUCAGGAAGAUGGCGGAUCUCUUUGGCCAUCGGGAUAACAUUUCUUACAAUGAAACUGGGAGCAGCUUCAACAGAGCCAACAGCAUGACCAGGCCAAGUGGCAAGUCCAUCUACCGCCAGCGGAAGGAAUACACUGAAACUAUGAUAAAGCAGCAACAUGAAUUCCAGCACCGGGUGGAGCACCUUCUUACUGUCAAUGCUGAUGGCAAGGAAAUUAGCAAUGUAGAAAACUGUAUUGACCGACUCAAGAUGAUGGAUGCCCAAGGCCAGGUGUGGGGACAAGACAUGCUUUUGCAAGUGAAGGACCACAAAUUGCUUCUGACUGAUGUUGAGGCAGAGGAAGAAUUGGAUUGUUACCCCCUGGAACACAUCCAGGAUUGUGCCUGUGUCCUUGACAGCUGUGUCUACAACUCUAUCUUGGCCAUCACUGUGAAAGAAACGAGACCACCCAGGACUAGUAUUAUGCUGUUUCAGUGUGAACAGAUUGCAGCUGAGCUGAUGAAAAUCAAAGUGGAGAAGGCCAUUAAGAAGUGGAGCGGUGAACGACAGAAUCAUGACUUGCUCAGGACCAACCUGGAGAAUAUGUUAUACCUGCAGAGCCAGGCAUCACGUACUGACAAACCCCCACGGAUUCCCCAAGACAAAAGACAUGGAGGGCCGAUGGAACUGGCUCAUGAUACAUCUCCAGCACUACUGCCUUGGCAGAGGCAGGAGCAGCAUCCUUGCAAAGCUGGCCCAGGCUCUGUGGACUACAGUAUUGAAGCAGAACAGCAACUUGGACAUCAGCAGAAUUGUGAGUCAGCAUGGGAAGACCCUGGACCUCAAAUGAUGCAGGAGAUAGACAGAAAUACUGAGAUCCUGAACCAUGUCUUGAAUGAUAUUGAAAUCUUUGUAGAGAAACUACAGGAGACCAGUAACUCCCAGAAUGACAAGAAGAAGAAGAAGAAGAAGAAGAAGGCAAAGAAGAAUAAGAUACAAGAGAAGCUGCCUCCAGAGCCUGAGUUCAAGGACUGUUUUCAGAAGAUCAAAUACAGCUUCAAUUUGCUGGCCAAGCUUGAACAUUCAAUGCAACAACCAAGUGCUUCUGAGAUGAUUCACCUCAUCUUUUCCACUUUGCCUGUUAUUUUGUCCAGCUGUCCUUGGACCAACCUGGCCUCUGCAGUGGUUUCACCUUUGCUGAUUCCUGCAGCAGUUGACCUGCUAAGACGCUCCUUGAACACUAAGGAGCUGGUUAUUUGGAAGAAUUUUGGAGAUGCUUGGACUCUAACCAGGGCAGAACAUCCAGAGGGACAAUCCAUCCCCCCCUACAAGCCCACAUUCUCAGAUGGAUGGGUGCUCCCUGUGCCCACCCAGAGGCAGAGCUCCGUUGAUUCGCAUAAGGCCCACACUGGAAACCAGAAUAGCUUCUCAGACAGGGCACCUGAUCCUCCCCAGCUUAUGCAAGCAAUGUAUGAGUUCCAUGCAAGAAACUCGAAGGAGCUCGCAGUAAUGAAAGGAGAUCUACUAGAGGUUUUGGACCAACGGAAAAAAUGGUGGCUUGCUAGAAAUACUGUAGGGGAGACUGGUUAUAUCCCUAACAAUAUCCUGGAGCCCAUGGAUCAGAAGACACCUAAUGGGAACAAUAGAGAACAAGUCUCAACAGGCUUCACUGACCUCCACCCAAGUUCUACACCAGCAGAAGUCGCACUUUGGCUCAGGACAAAAGGCUUCUCCAAGAUCACAGUUAAGUCCCUUAGCAUCCUUAAUGGAAGGCAGCUUCUGUCAUUCAGCAAGGAAGAGCUGAAAGCAGUUUGCCCAGAAGAAUGGACAAGAGUGUUUUUCACACUUUCAGAAGUUAGAGCAAGACUGGCGAAUUAUCCACCAAAGUAACCUUCUAUUGCUGUUUUUAACCAUCCCAUAACUAUCUUCUCAAAGAUCAUCACUGCAAGUCAAUGGCUGUCCUGUUCAAAUCCAUUUGUUUUUCAAGAACAUGAAACAUCAUCCUCUGUUGGCAGAUAUUUCCCUCUACAGCUGUGUGCAUGAAAUGCAAAAAGUUACCUUCAGCAACAUUUCAAUGUAAAGCUCAAAUGUAUGCAAGAUAAGGACUAUGACCAAUUAGCACAGAAGUAAAUGUGUAUAGCAGGAAGUUUGUGUUAUGAGCAAUUAAUACAGUAGUGGGAGAGGACACUUUAUUCUCGAUUUACUCCACAAGAAAAAAAAUCACAUUGACUUUAAGUGAUAGCUAAACAAUUUCAUGUUGGAGUAUAUCCAAUUAGCUUUCUUUGAUGAGAGAAUGUGGACUUGCAAGAUCAGCCACCAAGGUGCCUGGGAGAAUGAAAUGUUUUCCCACUGGCUCCUAGAUGUUGCAACUUUCUUAGGUCAGAUUUCUGUCCAAUAAAUCCUUGUUUCUGAGGUCUCCCAAGAUGCGCGUGUGUUUGCUGUAGCAAACCAGCACAGCUAGUACUCUGGAAUGUUUUCAAGAACAUUUGUGAAAAUGGUGUUAUUUUGCACUGGAUAUGUGCUCUUAUCUCGCCUUCAGUUACAGAUUUAAACAGACAUGAAGAAAAUCUACAGGUGAUGUAUAAGCCUGCAGCCAAAUCCCAAUUCAAACAACCUCACCCUAAGGAAGGGAUCCCUAUCUAGAAAUUAAACAUGCAGAAGUCGCAUGAAGGACCAUAAGCGUGAUGGCAAGGACAAUGGAAAGGUGGCUUGUGGGGAAACAAACAUUGUUAGAACAGUGAGCCUGAUUUGAAAUUACUCCAACCAUACCUUUUCUGGUUCGGAGUUCUAGGAAAAAAUGGGGGAGUAGCAAAGAAAUAUAAGAAGACACCUACCCACCCACCCACUCCCGCCCCUUUGCAAUCCUUAUAGGUGCUUUGUACUUAAAAACAGAACACAUGAGUGUUUUAAGUUAGUAAGGCCACAUCAUGCCAACUGAAAGAGCCACAUGAUCUGUCCCCCAUCCAUUUCACCGAGUUGUUUCAGCUCUCAGGUGGAGGGCAUCAUUGAGCUUCACCAAUUCUAUGAGGUGUUGCCACACUUUACAUCUUUUCUUUCUAACAAUAAGGACAAGAAACUUUUAAAUGAAAAACUUGUGUGAGGCUAAAUUUUGCUCAAGCACAUUGUUUGCCAAUUCAGACAUUUUACAGUAAUCUGGGCAUGAAUAAAACAGUUCAAGAAACAACAGUGGAGAUUAAAGGGGGCUUUUUUGAAAAGAUAUGGAAUAGUAUUAGAAUGUUGUUAAAAGGAAAUAAAUGGGAAAGACUUUGUCCACAGAGUAUCAAUGGGAAUAUGUAAAAAAAAAAAUUAGCCAAAUACUGGUAAUUAACUUCAUCUGCUGUGUGUGAUAUGGCUAAUAUAGUUGAUACAAUUAUAUUUCGGGAAGGGGCUUUGAAUUACAUGAGAGAUAAUUUUUAAGUUCCAGCAAUGCUAACACUAUCUAAUUUAUUGUUAUCUUGUUUAAUCAAGCUACUCUGAAAUUUUUUUAUAUGCAAAACCAAAUAAAAAUAACUG